UACCUCAAGCCUUGUCAGAAAUACAUGCUCAAAAAUCUAAUUCAAUUAUUAUUAAGAAUUAUUUUAAUAAAUUAAACAAAAUAAUUCAAGACAAUUUACUUACUCUGAAUUGUAUCUGGAAUAUGAAUGAAACUGGCUUUGUUAUAGCUUCUGCUUCUGAUGAUUAUAUUUCUUCAUUAAUUAUCUACAAAGGCAUUUGUGCAAUUUCUGGUUUAUCAAAUGAUGCUUUAUUUAUUACGGUUAUAGAAACUAGAAUUGACAAUAUUAUAAAAGAGUACUUAGCUACACUCAUUAAAUUAAACAGAUUCAUCAGGUCUACUAUUUCAUCUCAAAAAACAAAAAAUCCAGAAAUUACAGCUGGUAGUUCUUCCCGUACUGCAAUACUAAAAACAAUUCCUAUAGAAGAAGAAAUUCGGAAUAAUGCAACAGCUCAAAAACAUAUAGCUAGUUCUAAAGAAAUUGCUGAAAAAAAAAUUAAAGAGUUGGAACAAAUAUAUAACUUUACUUCUGAUCUACAGCUUUUGCAUGAUUUAUAUAAUAGAAUCAAAAGUCUAAGAACUGAUAUUCAAUCACAUGAAAAAAAAAUGCAAAAAUUAAAAAGAAAUGCUGAAUAUCAGUCCAAAUGUCAUUCUAAAAAAACUAAAGCUAUAGUAGAGCGACAAGAGUAUAGAUCAGCAGAUGCACGUAGACGUAAAAAAGCCAUUAAAGUAAGGAUUGCUCACCAUCACCCCGCCUGGAUAGCUGUAGCUGGAGUUUUACAUAACGAAACAAAGUAUCAUCCUGAUGGUCACUAUUGUCUUGCUUCUGUAAAAGGAGCAAGACAAUUUGCACAAACCUUUGCUGAAUUUUCUGUUAUCAUCUCACAAGAUGAUAAAGCGAAAAUAAGUUUAGGUAUAGCUGCAGUUGGCAGAACAUUUCAUACCUUGCAAUCAUCCUUUCAACCA